GGCAAAACCCAGAGGCAACAUUUGAGGUUUUUGUGGAAGUGAAUCGCCAUGGAUCCCAGGAGUCGGAUGAAGAUCCUGAGCUGCGAAGGAUCUUCCCCGAAGACUUCAAUGACCAGGACACAAAAAUGUGGAGAAAAAAAAGCCAAAUCUGACACAUUCCACGCAAAACUCCAAAAAUGGACUGGGCAAAAUUAUUGGCACCUUCUCAAAAUUGAGGUCCUGCAAACCAUCUCAAAGUUUUGCUUCCCAUUUUGUCUGGACAGCCUUUCGGCCACUCAAGUUGGACAUAACUUCACGUUCGUGCUGACUGACAUUGACAGCAAGCAGAGGUUUGGCUUUUGCCGGUUAUCUUCAGGCGCCAAAAGCUGCUUUUGUAUCUUAAGCUACCUCCCAUGGUUUGAAUGUUUUACAAACUGCUGCAACAUUUUGGCGGAUUAUUCCUCAAAAAGGCCCAGACGUCUGUCUUUGCAGGACAACCAGCGCAGCGAGUUGUUGGAAUCUCUGUACAGACUUCCUGUCCCAGAGGCUGCCGCUCCUGUUCAUCUGAGCGUGCAUUCAUAUUUCACUGUGCCUGAUCCUCGAGAGCUGCCCAGUAUACCAGAGAACAGAAACCUGACGGAAUAUUUUGUGGCCGUUGAUGUGAAUAACAUGCUUCAACUGUACGCCAGUAUGUUAUAUGAGCGCAGAAUAUUGAUCUGCUGCAGCAAACUCAGCACGCUCACCGCCUGCAUCCAUGGAUCCUCCGCCAUGCUCUUCCCAAUGUACUGGCAACACGUAUACAUUCCGGUCCUCCCGCCGCAUCUACUGGACUAUUGCUGCGCCCCCAUGCCCUAUCUCAUAGGAAUACACUCAAGUCUGAUGGAGAAGGUAAAAGGGAUGAGCCUAGAAGAUGUGGUCAUUCUUAAUGUGGAUACUAAUACGCUAGAGAGUCCAUUUGACGACCUGCAGAACCUGCCCAGUGAUGUGGUAUCCACCUUAAAGAAUCGUCUAAGAAAAAUGUCUACAACUACAGGAGAUGGUGUAGCUCGGGCGUUCUUAAAGGCACAAGCGUCUUUGUUUGGUAGCUACAGAGGUGCACUAAAAAUAGAGCCGGAAGAGCCAAUCACAUUUGAUGAAGAGAUGUUUUUGUCCCAUCGGUGCAGCGCACUGAGGCCGUUCCUGCAGAACGCUAUCCAGCUACAGCUCUUUAAACAGUUCAUAGAUGGGCGACUUGAUCUUUUGAACACAGGAAAUGGGUUCAGUGAUGUGUUUGAGGAAGAGAUCAACAUGGGAGAAUAUGCAGGCAGCGAUAAACUCUACCAUCAGUGGCUCUCGACAGUAAAGAAAGGAAGUGGGGCCCUUAUUAACACUAUGAAGACGCGAGCAAAUCCUGCCAUGAAGAAUGUCUACAAGUUUGCUAAAGAUCACGCAAAGAUGGGAAUUAAGGAGGUCAAAAACCGUCUGAAGCAGAAGGACCUGGCUGAGAACGGGUGUAGCGUGAUUCCAGGAGAUCCUCUCACCAGCACGGCCCCAUCACCUUCUGCAGACAGAGAUCCCAAAAGCCGAGACGAAAGAAGGCCCAUUACAGUUCACUUUGGUCAGGAAAAGGUUCCACCACCUCGUCCUCCGCCUCCGAGGAUCCAGCGCUCCAGUGUGCCCGUGCGCCCUCCUAGGCCUCAUGUCGCUAGAAGACCCAAAAGUAAUGCUGUGGUGGAGAGCAGACGGACAUCAGUGUCCAGCCCAGAACAGCCUCAGCAGUAUCGGACCCUAAAGGAAUCAGACGCUGAUGGAGAUGAGAUGAUCAGUCCAGACAAGCAGAGUGAUAUAGAGAUUGGACAGGAGCCACAAAACACACAGCUCACACAUAUCGAUCUUCUGGAGGACAUAUUCAGUAACCUAGAACCAGAUGGUCAGAUGCAGCCACUAAACCAAGCCAAAAGUCUAGAGGAUCUGCGGACACCCAAAGAGGCCCAUGAAGACAAUUUUACAUUUGAUUACCAGAGAAUGGAUUUCACUAUUCCUGAAAGAAGCCGUAUGGUCCCUACAUUGAAACACAGUCACCCAUACAACAAACUGUGGAGCAUGGGUCAUGACGAUAUGGCGAUUCCCACCCGAUACCACCAGACCUCCCCGGAGAGGGAUAUAACUUACCCCGACAGUAACUUUAAUAUCCCACCCAAGAAGAUCCUGUCAGCAUCUACAGAGAUAUAUGAGCCUGCUAGCAGUACCCAGAGCAGUAUUACUAUCCCACGUCCUCAUGGCCGGAAGACACCAGAGUUGGGGAUUGUCCUUCCUCCACCAGCACCCAGAGGAACUAAGCAGUGUGCUCCAGUAUUGUCUGAGACAAACAAACCACAGCAUGGAGAGGGCAGCAAUCUCGCUUUUCACAUCAGUGCUGGACCCUUUGGGGCUGCACCACCUGAGGACAGCUACAUGCAUACAUUGGAUUCUAGUUCUUCUGACAUGUUGCAACCAGUUAAGGUGUCUGCAGAGAUUGGAGUAAAAGAGGAUAUUCUCAGCCUAUUAGAUCCAUUAAAAACAGGUCGGUGGCAGAGUGACAGCCAUUCUAAUGCAGGAAGUGCUGCUACAACAUCAGAGGCUCCCCUUUGCUCCAACACUCCCUGCUUUACUCCACUACAAAGUGAGUAUGUUCCUGCCACUUUCCCCCAGCAAUUGGGGUUUUCCACCACACGGCUCCCAUUUAUACAUUCUCCUCUUAAUCCCUUUGUCCAAGCAUUGCCUGCUGAGCUGCCUGUAGCAGUAGCCCCAGGAAGGUCGUUCACUCCACAGGCGGGCACAGCUCUUGCUGCAAACUCCCUGUUGUCUACUCCUGACUUUUACCAAAGUCACAGGCCACUGCCAUCAGUAUUGCAAGGAAGUAGUCCAUUUGGGGUCCUUCCAUCAGGCUUACCGACCAAUCCUGUUCAGCAGGGCCCUAUCACCUCUAAUACACAGCAAAACUUCCCACCUGCUAUCCAUGGCCCUGCAGGACACAGAACUUUAUACACCACUGAUGCUACUUCUAAAUCCCAGGAUGGCAAGUCCAAAGCCUUUCCACCUAUCCCUCCCAGACCUUCCAAAGUAUCAGACCCUGUUCUUCUUCCCUCCAGACCAGGUCAGCCGAAGGAUCCAUUUGAUGACUUGAUCAGCAAAACCAAGCAGGAGGUAGCCCCUUCUUCUGGUAAAGUAGAACAGCUCAGAAAGCGCUGGGAGACUUUUGAAUGAGCCCUAGCAUUGCACUUUUUUAGCUGAGAAAAAGAGGAGCCCAAAGUGUACCAUGGAAUAGUGAUGAUGUCAAGUAUUAGACUUCAGACUUCCCUUUGCAAUUAAUGCUUUAAUAUCACAUGAGACAAUGUGAUUUGUUUUCUUUUUGAUACUUAACACCCACCCAGGUCCGACUCCAUAAUGACCUAUUUUUUAAACACAUUGAGCUGUUGCAUUGGUGGAGGUUUCAGGUCAAAUUUAUGCGGGAUGUAGUGAUACAAAUAAUCUAUGUCCAGUGUCAAUUAUAUAUGCAGUGCUGGUGAUCAACAUGCUGUGCUGCUGAUAUAUAUAUAUAUACACACACUGUCUAGUGAUCUACACAUGACGUAUCCAGUGAAUCUUUUGCUUAGCUUAGCUAACAAUGCUUUAUAAUCGCCCUGGGUUCUCCUCUUAUGUGCUGUAUUUAAAGAAAAAAUAAAUAAACACAUGCAUAAUGUCAGCACCCGUUAAUCUUCUUCUAGCAAAUCUAGAUCACGUAUAGUGUACACAGACAGUUCUAUAGAUACGUUUUACAGACAGCACCUAUUUAGCCUGCUUAGCUUGCAAUCUAAUGUUUGUAGCAGGAGUGUGUGACUAUAAACUGGAAUGUAAGUGUAGUAUGUUAGUGCAUACUGCGCACACCAUGGACUUUAUCUGUGAAUUAGUGAAGCAGCAACUUAAAGUCCACAUUAAUAAUAAGGGUUGGUUCUUCGUACUGUAGGUACUGCUGCUGUAUACUGUGACAUUUAUAUUACCAUGUAGGUGGCCAAGAAACUGAUUUCCUGGCUGUGACGUCCUGCUGUUUAGUAUCCACAUGACAGGCUGUGUAAAGCAACUUUUGUAUUUGCGAUAUGCACAAGCACUACACUGGACAACACAUCACACACCUGUACAUUACAUACUACACAUUUCUCUGGACCAUUUACUCUGCAUGCUGUACACCAUGAUGCAUAUAUAUAUAUACUCCAUACUAGCACUACAAAACACUGUCUUCUACAUUACCAUACAACAUGCGCACAGUCACACAUUUUAGUUAUGCUGCAUGCUACACUACACACUUCUUGUUUACAAUUCAUACAAACAAGAUUGUGCUUCGGGUCGCACACACAGAUCUGGUGAUGGGUUCUAUACUAGAUGAGAAUUCACAUUUACUGCAGUAUUAACUUUUUCUUGAUUGUGCUGUAUAAUUUUCAAGGCCUUUUUGCAAUAAAACAGUAAUUAACCUGUGGGUAUGUUCCACAAUCUGCAGGUUUUCAUUUUGUAUUGUAUUACACUUUGCCUGUUCGGCAUUGUACAUAGGUAAACACAACGAAACUGAGCCCUGUGCUGUUUGUUUGCAAACUGACUUGUCAAAUGGGGUUGGUUUGUCUGAAGGGGGAAAUAUAAGUUUCAGGAAACAGCGUUUGUGAUUGCAGAGGAUUUGGGAAGGGAUAGGUGGUUCUGAUAGUGGUAUAGAAGAAAAGCUCCUGGUUUAGGGGAAAACAAGAAGGUCUGGAUCUGUGAGGAGGACAGGUAAGACCUGCUUAGUUGAAUACUAUCUGGAGUAAUACAGUAAGAUCUGAUUUGUGGUAGUGUUGACAUAUCUAAUCUGUUCAGAGACAGAUGGGCUGUUUCUGACAGCUAUGAUGAUCUGAUCUAGAAAAGAAUACAUGAAUCAAGUGGGACAGAAAGGUCAUCUAUUGCUGAAGGUAGGCAGGAUUAGAUUAAAAUGUUUGGUGGGUUUGAGCUAAUCCAGGGGGUGGCUGCUGGCAUGAUAUUGGAGCUUGAGUCUUAUAUGAGGGUACGAUGUGUGUGACUGGCAGGGUGGGGUUGUCAGACAGGUCUCUUCUAGUGGAGGACAGGGGGGCUAAUGUAAUAGAAGUCAAGCAAAGAGCACAAACUGCUCCAAUCCAGAUAGAAGACAUACAGUUUGGUCUUUGAGAAGACCACUAAAUCUAAUCAUAAAGAGGGCAGAGGGUUUGGUCAAAAGGAUGAAAGAGUAUCCGAUAUUCAAGAAGUAGAACUGAUUCUGAGCUAGGAGCAUAGACAGGUUUGAUGUGGUGGACAUAUAGGUUAAACACAAUGAUUGACAGAAGGAUCUGAUGUGAGGGAAGACAGGUACCAUCUGGUUUUGAGGUUAAUUUGAAAGGAGGAGGUUGGGUUCUAUCUGGGGUAAAGAUGUAUGAUACUUGUCAGAAGAAGAAUAAAGAUAGGGACAGUUUUAUCUGAAGGAGCAAAGGAGGAACUUGUUUUAUCUGAUGGAGUAGAUGAGGAGCAAGUUUUAUCUAAUAGAGCACUGGAAGAACUUAUUGAGUUUGUACUUGUGGGAAAUCAAGUUGAAGAUAAGUGCUGGGAAGCCUUGAUAUCCGUUUGCGAGCCAUUCUGUGAUUAUGUACUCCUGUGCUGUCAGUAGGUCCUCAGAGUGUACUACACUGUUACACACUGAUCUGCUUGUUACUGAUAAAUACAGUUCAUCAUAGCACCUCGACUCACUGCUGUGUGUGAUACAGAUGCACAGUGUUGUUGUGACCUGCCAGUCAUAUCCUGAGCUGCCUAAUGCUAUUAAUAAGUGUGUUACUUUUAAUGUGCUCAGCAGGUUGCAAACAAACAGCAUUCUGGCAGCUAAUUGUUUACACAUGCACAGUACACGUUACACGUUACACAAUACAGGGGAUACAAUGCUGUCCUUCUGCUAUAUGUGUUUUUACUUUGUUACUGAACAAUGUCAUUUUUUAUAUGUAUGAAAGUAAAUAUGUAUUUAAUAUCAUUAUGAACAUUGAUAUAUUGUUGAGGAGUUUUCACAACAUGAUUGUUUUCAAUACAUUUUAUUAAAGGGAUAUUCUAGCACUCACUACAUAUAGUUUGUUAAAGGGAUAUUUUAGUGCAAAAAUGACAUGCUCUAAUUUGUUAAAGAUCAUCAUUAUUGCAUAAGUGAACCAAGAUAGCUAUGUGUUAAACACAUAAUUCCUGAGCAGAACACAGCAGGUGAUUUUUGGUGUCUUGAGGCUGCUACUCCUGAUUGGCUCAAUAGCCGUGUCCUGCUCAUGAGCUGCACGGCUUUGCAGGGGCUAAACUAUAAUAUACUUUAAUAUCACAGACGCAGACACUGCUGCUGAUUGGUGCUUUUAAUGCAGCACCAAUCAGAGACUUGCAAUGCUUUGAGAUGGGAUUCCUGUGCACUCUCCUAGUAACAAGUCUGAGUAAAGAAAAAAAAUACUUUUUUUGUUUUUUUAAAUUUUAUUAUUAUUGCUUAACUUGCAGAGUUGCUUGACAAACUAUUAUACAAUGAUGUCCCUUUAACUGAAGAUACAUUAAAGGGACAUUAAUUGCUCUCUACAAAUUAGAGAGCAAUUAAUUAAAUCAAAUUAAAUUCCCCUCUUGAGUAGAUGUGGUCAAUAGAUCGCUCCUAUAGGUUUCAUUGAAGUGGUUAGACAUUUAUUUGGUGAUGCUUUCCAGCUCCAAGACCAUAUUAGUUUCAAAUUCAAGCCAAAUGGAUAUGAUGAGUCAUUCUAUUUUGAAUAGCCCUUUAAGCAAUGUAAAUGUGUUUAUUCAUUUAACACCUUAUCUGCUGUUACUGCUUUGCUGAGUUUUGUAAUUGAAAAAGCAUCUGGAUGUAAAUGAGUUAAAGGAACUUUGCUGUGAAUGCAUGUUACAUAUAUAUGAUGUCAUUAUUGUUUGUUUUUUUAACAUAUUCAUUCUCUACUUGCGGACUGGCAAGCACUGCAUUGUAGGCCUGUCCAGCAGAGAAAGGGUUAACCAUGUAUUUUUGUACAUUUAACAUGCAUGCUUGUGUCUGUGGAUUACGUUACCUGUCUCACAGAAAAAAAAAAGUAUUUUUCUAUCAUUUUUACCUUUCUAUUCUGCGUGUAUAAAUCACAAUGUUAUUUUAAGGCCUCGGUGGAAUUGUUUGCACUUUACAAGCAAUGUGUAAAUCAAUCAGAAAUGUCUUUACAUGUAAGAAAUAUAAAAUAAAAAAAGGAUCCAGGAAAUAAACACUUCUGAACAAA